AACCGCAUCGGCACUGAGGUCGGGGAGCUCGAGACCUGCACGACCUUGGCGGCGAGCGCCAAUGACCCAGGGAUGCGCGAGCUCGAGGGCUGGAAAGAGUUGGCUAUCGAGAACGUAGUUUCGCUCAGCGUGCCGAGCGCUAGGUACAGCAAGACCUUGCUUGAGUUCGUCGAGCAUUUCGGCGGCGGCGGCGUCGCUCCCCUCGUGGCGUUCCUGGAUUGUGCUGCCAAGCAAGUUGGCUGCAACGCUGCGCUCGGGCAACCGUUUUGGGAAGCGCUUGCGCGCGCAACUUUCGCAUCGAAGACCAGCAUGCAUCCUUUGAUUCGGGUGGCAAUUGCCAUUGCAAACCUCACGGGUGACAAGGCUGAGGACGGCGUGGCGCGCAUACUGGUGAAAGCUGACGUCACGAGGGUCGCAGGCAAGCCUAGGAUGGCUGAAGCAGCUAUUGCUGAACGCAUCCUUGGCGAAUCCAUGGCAAUCGCAAAGGGGCUCGACAGUGUCGAGGCGGCCUUGGAACCGGUUGGGCAGCUAUUCGCGAGGGUUGCGUUGAGGCCUGCGGGGAAGGAGAAGAUGGGCCGGGAGGACAAAGAGCACAAGUGGGGCGACAUAUGCAAAUCAUUCUUGGACAGCUCCAGCUGCCACAAGGGUCAGACCGUCACGCUCGACGAGUGGGCUAAGUGCGAGGCCUCGGGCGGCGCCGCAGCAACUGCCAAAGCGAAGACGACUGCUGCAGCCAGCGCGGCGACGCUCAGUGACCAUAAAGACCCGAAGUGGAUUGCCAAGCAGGCUGGAUACUCGGCUGGGUGCUUCGUAGUCCAGGAGGACGUUGCAGCCCAGUGGCCUUGCACGGUCUUCAACAUCGGCCAGACUGUCAAGCUCCGCGAAGCUGCCGACCGCGACUCGGACCGAGAGCCACACAUUGCUGAGAUUGCAUUUGCCGGUCUCAUUGAGCAGUGGUCGAUCUCGACGGCAGAGCCGCCAAUGCAGAUGGCGGGCGAUCAGCAGCGCCCACAGCAACUGCGCAUCGACAAGCAGGGGCUGCGUUGUAGCGAGCUCUUCUCGAACUGGAUGCCAAGCACAUGGGCAAGCAUAAGCUGGUCUUGUGGCGAACCAGAUGAGGUUCGGGCCACGAGCGCGAUCAAGCAGGGACAGCUUACGUUUGUCCCAGUGGCACCACUUACCAACAUAAGUUCGAAGAACACUGGGUCGGGCAUAUCGCUUGGCGAUCACGCGGUUGACAGCGACACCACGUGGGUCGGGUCAACCCACGAUAAGAAGCAAACCAACGUGGCUGCGGGCCACGUGUCCCACGGUGGCUUCACGCUGCCACUGCUGACCAACAUUGUCGACAUCCGGCCCAACGUAAAGCUCCAGAUGUUCGUCAAGUCCAAG